GCCGCUCCCUCAAUUGACAGCUUCCCUGUUCCCUACCUGGCCCUUGUUCGACAGCCACUCCGCCAGGCUUCCACCCCGACCAAACUCGGGUCGUCGGCGCCAUGUUGUCCGGCGUCCUUAUAUUCAAUCAGAAGGGCGAGAACCUCAUCUUCCGCGCCUUCCGCAACGACUGCCGCCCGCGCCUCGCCGACGUCUUCCGCAUCCAGGUCAUCUCAAACCCUCAGGUCCGCUCGCCUAUCCUCACUCUCGGCAGCACCACCUUCAGCCAUGUCAAGCACGAAAACAUUUACUUGGUUGCCAUCACAAAGAGCAACGCCAAUGCGGCGCUCGUCUUCGAAUUUCUGUACCGGCUGAUCCAGCUCGGCCGAGGCUACUUUGGCAAAUUUGACGAGGAGGCUGUCAAGAACAACUUCGUCUUGGUCUAUGAACUCCUAGACGAGAUCAUCGACUUCGGCUAUCCGCAGAACACAGAGACCGACACACUCAAAAUGUAUAUAACGACCGAAGGCGUCAAGUCCGAGCGUGCUGCCGAGGAUUCUGCGAAAAUCACAAUGCAAGCCACGGGUGCUCUGUCAUGGCGAAAAGCAGACGUCAAGUACCGAAAGAACGAAGCCUUUGUCGACGUCAUUGAGGAUGUCAACUUGCUCAUGUCGGCGACCGGCACAGUACUGCGCGCAGAUGUGACAGGCCAAAUCAUAAUGCGAGCAUACCUAUCAGGAACGCCAGAAUGCAAGUUCGGCUUGAACGAUCGCCUACUACUCGACCACGACGGCCUGCAGACAUUACCGAGCGGAAACAGGCUGGGGACAAAGGCGACGAAAGCCGCGGCUGGCAGCGUCACUCUCGAGGAUUGCCAGUUCCAUCAAUGUGUCAAGCUUGGCAAGUUCGACUCAGACCGCAUCAUCUCGUUCGUGCCCCCAGACGGAGAAUUCGAGCUGAUGCGGUAUCGAGCCACCGAAAAUGUCAAUCUGCCAUUCAAAGUGCACGCCAUCGUGAACGAGGUCGGCAAGACAAAAGUUGAAUAUAGCAUUGCAGUCAAGGCAAACUUUGGCAGCAAGCUCUUUGCGACAAACGUUGUUGUAAGGGUACCAACGCCACUCAACACGGCGCGCAUCACGGAGCGCUGCACACAGGGCAAGGCCAAGUACGAGCCCAGCGAGAACAACAUAAUAUGGAAGAUCGGUCGCUUCACUGGCCAGAGCGAGUUUGUGCUCAGUGCUGAGGCCGAGCUGACAAGCAUGACGAACCAAAAAGCGUGGUCGAGGCCGCCACUGAGCCUGAACUUUAGCCUUCUCAUGUUUACGAGUUCGGGUCUGCUUGUGCGGUACUUGAAGGUUUUCGAGAAAAGCAAUUACUCCAGCGUCAAGUGGGUUCGGUACAUGACUAGGGCAGGCUCGUACGAGAUCAGGUUCUGAGCUGGAUCAUGAGUUGACGAUGACUAUUAAAAGCUCGCACGCAGGCUGUCUUGGACAGAGACGGCGUCGUUGUUCGCGAGUCUGGGACUGUGAAUUCGCCGGCCUGUGACACAACCUGC